AGGGCGAAGGCGUGGAAGGCGCGUCGGAGCCGGGUGAGGAGAUUGUGGCAGCGACAGCGGGCGACAUGGACAACGCGGGGAAGGAGCGAGAGGCGGUGCAGCUGAUGGCGGAGGCCGAGAAGCGAGUCAAGGCUUCCCACUCCUUCCUCCGAGGGCUCUUUGGAGGAAACACAAAAAUAGAAGAGGCUUGUGAAAUGUAUACCAGAGCCGCAAAUAUGUUCAAGAUGGCUAAAAAUUGGAGUGAGGCUAUCAACUGCUUAAAUGCAGCCAUCGACAUUUACACAGACAUGGGGAGGUUUACGAUCGCAGCCAAGCACCACAUCACCAUUGCGGAGAUCUAUGAGACCGAACUGGUAGACAUCGAGAAGGCUAUUGCACAUUACGAACAAUCGGCUGAUUAUUACAAAGGGGAAGAAUCCAACAGUUCAGCUAACAAGUGUCUGCUGAAAGUGGCAGCGUAUGCCGCCCAGCUGGAGCAGUACCAGAAAGCCAUCGAGAUCUACGAGCAGGUUGGGGCAAACACCAUGGAUAAUCCUUUGUUGAAAUACAGUGCAAAGGACUACUUCUUUAAAGCAGCCCUCUGUCACUUCAUAGUAGAUGAACUGAAUGCCAAGCUUGCUCUUGAGAAAUAUGAGGAAAUGUUUCCAGCAUUUACUGAUUCAAGGGAAUGUAAGUUACUGAAAAAACUUCUAGAAGCUCAUGAAGAACAGAACAGUGAAGCUUACACUGAAGCAGUGAAGGAAUUUGACUCAAUAUCUCGCUUAGAUCAGUGGCUCACGACCAUGUUGCUUCGUAUCAAAAAGUCCAUCCAAGGGGAUGGAGAAGGAGAUGGGGACCUAAAGUGAACAUUUAUGUCUUUGUGGCAUGCAGCUGACUCCUCUUUAGUUUCAUGUUAGGGCCACAUGAUCUUUAUGGGAUGCCCAUUUAAUGGCUUACUUCUGUUGCACAUGAGCCAAACCAUCUGUGUGUUUAAACUCCCUGUAUUUGUGUCUUCAUGAAGCGGACGGCUGGGAAGCUCCUGUGCAUAUCGUGGGCAUGAUGGGCUAUUUCAUGCUUGUCAGAGCCCCCAGAGUUUUCUGAGAACUACUUCAGAAUCUUUUUCCUGUUAUUUUGAUAUCUGCAGAGCCCGUGUUCAACUUUGUCAUGUAUUUUUAUGUCAUUUUCUUGGACUGGAGUACCCAGCCUCAUCAUUGUAAUAGAUGCUUUGCAUAUUUUCCAUGAAUUCCCACCUGGAUGUAUUCUUUAAGUGUACAUGUUUAGUUCGGGAUGGUUGUUAAGAAUGAGCUUUAUGACUUCACUUCCUAGAAAUGGUUUUUGUUGUCGUCGUGAUUCUUUUGACGGUGCUAGUGAC